CUGGCCGUGUGCGCGCUGCUCUUCCUGCUCUGGGUGCGCGUGAAGGGGCUGGAGUUCGUGCUCAUCCACCAGCGCUGGGUGUUCGUGUGCCUCUUCCUCCUGCCGCUCUCGCUUAUCUUCGACAUCUACUACUCCGUGCGCGCCUGGGUGGUGUUCAAGCUCAGCAGCGCGCCGCGCCUGCACGAGCAGCGCGUGCGGGACAUCCAGAAGCAGGUGCGGGAAUGGAAGGAGCAAGGCAGCAAGACCUUCAUGUGCACAGGGCGCCCCGGCUGGCUCACCGUGUCCCUGCGGGUUGGGAAAUACAAGAAGACACACAAAAACAUCAUGAUCAACCUGAUGGACAUUCUGGAGGUGGACACCAAGAAGCAGAUUGUUCGGGUAGAACCCUUGGUGACCAUGGGUCAGGUGACUGCUCUGCUGACCUCCAUUGGCUGGACUCUACCUGUGUUGCCCGAGCUUGAUGACCUCACCGUGGGGGGCUUGAUCAUGGGCACAGGCAUUGAGUCGUCAUCCCACAAGUAUGGGCUGUUCCAACACAUCUGCAUCGCCUACGAACUGGUCCUGGCCGAUGGCAGCUUUGUGCGAUGCACGCCGUCCGAAAACUCAGACCUCUUCUACGCUGUGCCCUGGUCCUGUGGGACACUGGGCUUCCUGGUGGCUGCUGAAAUCCGCAUCAUCCCUGCCAAGAAGUAUGUCAAGCUGCGGUUUGAGCCAGUGCGGGGCAUGGAGGCCAUCUGUGAUAAGUUCACCCGCGAGUCCCAGCGACCAGAAAACCACUUCGUGGAAGGGCUGCUCUAUUCCCUGGAUGAAGCCGUCAUCAUGACGGGGGUCAUGACGGAUGAAGUGGAGCCCAGCAAGCUGAAUAGCAUUGGCAGUUACUACAAGCCCUGGUUCUUUAAGCACGUGGAGAACUAUCUGAAGACAAACCGGGAGGGCCUCGAGUACAUUCCCUUGAGACACUACUACCACCGCCACACGCGCAGCAUCUUCUGGGAGCUCCAGGACAUCAUCCCCUUCGGCAACAACCCCGUCUUCCGCUACCUCUUUGGUUGGAUGGUGCCUCCCAAGAUCUCACUCUUGAAGCUGACCCAGGGCGAGACCCUGCGCAAGCUGUAUGAGCAGCACCACGUGGUGCAGGACAUGCUGGUGCCCAUGAAGUGUCUGUCACAGGCUCUGCACACCUUCCACAAUGACAUCCACGUCUACCCCAUCUGGCUGUGCCCAUUCAUCCUGCCCAGCCAGCCGGGCCUGGUGCACCCCAAGGGGGACGAGGCCGAGCUCUACGUCGACAUCGGAGCGUAUGGAGAACCGCGUGUGAAACACUUCGAAGCCAGGUCCUGCAUGAGGCAGUUGGAGAAGUUCGUCCGGAGCGUGCACGGAUUCCAGAUGCUCUAUGCCGACUGCUACAUGAACCGGGAGGAGUUCUGGGAGAUGUUCGAUGGCUCCCUGUACCACCGGCUGCGGAAGCAGCUCGGCUGCCAGGACGCCUUCCCCGAGGUGUACGACAAGAUCUGCAAGGCCGCACGGCACUGAGCCCGGCCCUCCUGGAGACGGACCCGUGUGGGCGGGCGAGCAUCUCCCUCUGCCCCAGCCUGGCUGCUUUCCCGGAUCACCACCACCCUUCAGAAAGAAACCCCUAGAGGACCACCCCCAUCCCCGCCCCCAGCAGCCCUGGUGGCUUCCUCCUGGCUUCCGGGGCUGGCCCAGUGGAGGGAGAGAACGUGGGGUUGGAGUCGGGUAGACCUAAGUCCCAUCCCCAGUGCACCCAUCCAUUAGGCUGUGUGACCCUCCGGGCCCCAGGCUCUUCACUCGUUGAAAGGGGAUAGUACUGCUUCCCUGUGAGCUGUCAUCUGAGCCAGCACCAGUCACAUUCACGGUGCUGGCUCAGCAGUAGCUGUUACUGCUUCCCGAUCAGCAUCGCAUCGGCACAACGUGCUUGGAUUCCACAGUUGAGUCAGGCUCCCCCUUAGGUCACCUGUGCACAGGUGUGGCUGGAGUGAUGUAGGACCUGCCACCACCUCCAUCAGCCAGAGCUCUCCUCAGAAGGAGGGGGCUCCUGUCCACCCCUCUGUCUCAGGAGGGUCCCAGGCAGGGCGGGUGGGCGGGUGCAAGGUGCGCCGUGCCAAAGCCAGGUUCCCCCCAAAGCUCUCUGCAUCCUUGGUGACAUUCUGCCCCUUUCACCAUCAUGCUCUGGCCUAUGGGCCCAGCUCAGCCAUCACUGAGCCCACUCAGAGAGGACCAUGUUCCGGGGAAGACAUUCCAAGGCUCAGUCCGGUCCCAACCUGGCCUGGACUGCCCAGGUGGGGGGAAUGGUCUCCACUCUAAAUUGGAUCCAGGAGGCUUGGGCUUAUUCCUCUUGGCCUGCCAACCCUCCAGGCCCCAUGUCCCCAGAAUCUACCCAGUCAUGGUAGGGUUGAGGGACAUCACAGCCAGUGGGAAAAUGCAGUUUAUCAUCGUUUUGUCUGUGAGGAUUCUCACUGUGGGGCCAAAAGAAAAGGGCAACGGUUCGAUUUCUCCAGCCGCUCAUCCCCUUUUUUUCCUUUCUCUCUCUCCUCCAGCUGUGGUUAAUUUCAGUGCCUUACAAAUCCUAAGCUCAGAGAAAAGUUAGCUCCAUUUCCGUUCCAGAGGGAAGGAGACCUCCCUGGUCCUUUCUCCCUUGUCAAAGCUUGGUUGUUUAUGCAACUCCAUUUUUAAGAACUGCCCAGCCUCAGCUGAAAACUCAGAAUCUCUAGGAAGGGGUUGUGUCAUGUAAGGGAAUCUGGAGUUAAGAAGCUAAGCCGGGCAUGGCUGUGACAUUCCCGGUCAGGAGACCCGAGUGUCGGUCCCUGUUCUCCUGUCAGUGAGUUGUACGACUGUGGGCAAGUCAUUGUCCCUCUGAGCUGCAGUCUCCUCAUCUGUCACCUCAGUACAGACAAGACCUCCCCAGGCCCUCUGACUCUUACACCAAACCUCCAGGAAGCUGUGUGUGUAUGGGGAAGUCAGAGGACAAAGAUGAUCCAGGGGACACUUGGGGAUUGUCCAUCACUUAAGGUCCUUCCUCCAGCCCCAUGGCCAGCUCCCAUCUCAUUUUCAGAAAGGCUCGUCGGUGGCUUGCAGGAAAGUAUCAGGCUUGUCCCUCCAGGUGCCAGACCUUAGAGUCAGCUCACCUAUCCCACCCUAGUCUUGGCAUGCUGCAAAAUGGCUUAGCAUGAACCCAUGGCACCAGAAGGCAAAAGAACUACCCUGACCCAUUUGGCCUCUGGAGGGAACAGAAGAAAAAAAAAAAUAAAACCUCAUUCAAGUUUGCAAAGCACAGGAAUUCAGGCCUUCACCCCCAGCGGGCCCAUGUGCUUCCUCGCUCUGUGCAAAACUGAUGAUCCUACUUGUAGAGGAAUGGUUAACACAAGCGAAGUGAGUCCCGCAGCCAAAGUGCCAUCGUGUCACCCGUGGGGCCUCUGUCCCUAGGCCACUGGGACUGUGGCCAGAGCUAGCAGCAGCUUCUGUUGCCCUGAGUCCUAUAAUUAAAACCCAGCCCUACACAGACUUGACCCAGAAGGGAAGAUACUUUGGAAUUGAACCAGCCUCAGGUUACUAUCGCCCUCCAGUAAUAAUCUUGCCUGGAAAGAGGCAGUCUUCCAAGCGUGGAGAGUGGAGUUACCAGCGUCGUCUUUAGCCAGUCCUGUCACCGUCCCCAUGGUAGUUUCAGCUGAAGUCAGUUGUGGUACCAGUGGGGGCGUGUGGGAAGUUACAAGGCCCCUCCAGAGCCCUUCCCUCUUGGCUGCAUGGUUUUCUGUUAAAUCAGACCUGUAGCCAGUUUGGUUGGAAGGAGGAACACCUGGAUGCUAUUGGCAGGGACCGGGUGGUGAUGGAUGUGGCAGUGGAUAGUGUAUUUUACUUUUUUCUUUGGUCCUGGGGACCACAGAGAAAGGCAUGAGUCUCUGCUCUCAGGCUCUUGCAGCUGCAGGCAUGUGCCUAGUCCUGGAACAUGUGUCCCUGUGGCAGUGGGGCCACUGAUGGUGUACAAAUAAACGUGUGGCCUGGAAGCUAA